AUGGAUGUUCUCAAAGAGGUGUUGUCACUAGACCAAGAUAAAUUUGACCAGCUGAAGGAAACGAGCCGAGAUAAAACAAAUGAAACGGAUGAUCCUUUUGAAAACUAUUUGAAGGAUUGUAAAUUUAAAGCGCCUUCAAACAAAGAUCAGUCACCAUUUGCUAAACUUAAAUCAUUACAGGAAACUCAUUCUAACAAUGAAGCGGCUAUUAAUAUAAUUAUUCCUCAAUUGAUUGAUUACUUAACCGAAUUCACUAAUAGGUUAUCAAAUUACACACAAGAUUUAGACUUCAUUAAAAAAAAGUCCAAUGAAUUACAGUCAUUGCUCGAAUACAACUCCACUAAACUGGCACAUAUCUCUCCUAUGGUUAAUGAUUUGAUGAUUCCUCCUGAACUCAUUGAUGACAUCAUUAAAGGGAAGAUCAAUGAAAGCUGGCAGGAUAAUAUAACAUUCAUAGCAGAUAAAGAAGAAAUUUAUAACAAGUAUAGGUCCAAUAAUCUCGAUCAAGACAACAAGGACGCAGAAAAUUCAGCAAUGCUAGCACCAAAGGAUUUUGAUAAGUUAUGUCAACUCCUGGACAUCCUAAAAAAUGUUAUUCUAGAAAGGUCGAAAAGACUUAUUAUUUCCAAAAUCAAAACUUUGAGGAGUCAUAACCCAGUACCAUCGCAAAGGAUACAAAACAAAUUAUUAAAAGUUCAAAAAAUUUUCCCCUUCAUAAGAGAUAAUAAUCUCUCCUUAGCCCUUGAGUUAAGACAGGCAUAUUGUUACACAAUGAAAUGGUAUUAUAGAGAAUACUUUUCUAGAUAUAUCAGGUCAUUGACUAUUUUGCAAUUUCAACAAAUCGACUCGCAAUUUGCAUUGGGUAAUGGCCUUUCUACAACUUCAGUGAGUGGGUUUAACAAUUCACCAUCAUUGUUUUUCUCAAAUUAUCUAACUACAUCCGCUUCAAAUGCUUUCUAUAAUAAACUCCCUGUAACAGAUGAGAAAAUUGAUAAAUACUUUCAGAUAAAGAAAAGAUUGAACAUUUUAACACAAGAAGACAAUACGGUAAUGGUAUCCCAAAUUGCAGAAAAUAACACAACGAAAAACUACAUUGAAAUUGGAUUUAAAAAUUUAAACCUUGCAAUUUUAGAUAACUGUACGGUGGAGUACCAUUUUUUAAAAGAUUUCUUCGCUAUGAAUGGCGAUAAUUUUGAGGAAAUUAAUGGUUUAUUGGAACAAAUAUUUCAACCAACUUUUGAUGAAGCCACAACAUACACUCAACAACUGAUCCAAUAUAAUUAUGACAUUUUUGGUGUAUUAAUAAGUAUUCGUGUGGCCAAUCAAUUACAAUUUGAAUCAGAAAGGAGAGGAAUACCGUCUAUGUUUGAUAGUUUCUUGAAUGGUCAAUUAAUUCAAUUAUGGCCUCGAUUUCAGCAAUUGGUCGAUUUUCAAUGCGAGAGCUUACGAAAAGCGGCAAUAACUACAAAUGUGGCAAAAUAUGCCGGCAACUCAAGCACAUCCAAUAGUAGCCCUUUGACCUCACCUCAUGAGUUAACUGUACAGUUCGGUAAAUUUUUAUCAAGCUUCUUGACGUUGGCAAUAACACAUAAGCAGUCCAUAGACGAAAGAUCUGAACCCUUAUACAAUUCCAUCAUUAGAUUAAGAAAUGAUUUCGAAACAGUCAUGACAAAGUGCAGUAAAAAGACGAAAUCACCAGAAAGAUUUCUGGCUACAAAUUACAUGUAUUUAUACAAUAACCUACAGCAAUUGCAUCUACAUUUAAAUAUAAAUGACUCGGAUGCACAAAACUACAAUUUUGAUUCUGCUGAAAAUGUUGGUACGAAAGUUGCGAAUGACGACGAUAAUGAUUCAAGCGUACCACUAAUAAUCAGAGAGACCGAAAAUCAUUUCAAAACUUUAGUUGAAGCUUUCACCAGAAAUUGA